CCCGCAGCUCGCCUGCUCCCUAUUUUAGGAAAAGCUUCGGCGCCUUCGCCUCAGCGGCAGCGAGGAAACUAGAGCGCCUCCCCAGUAUUCGGCUGGCAAACUUCGCGCAAGGAAGGCUGGCGAAGGUUUGUAUUUAUGCAUGUGUAUGUAUGGAGGAAGAGAGAGUUAACUGAUUGUUAGCUGCCUUGUAUGCCCUGCAAGAAGAGAGGCAAGGCAGAUAAAACAAGAUAUGGAAGUUACAAGAAUCAAUGUGGAAGAGUAUGGAUUUCUAAAGAGACAGCUAUCCUAGUGGCUGAAUGUUUGCCAUAGCAGCUCUUCGGGACAGAAAAUGUGAUACCCUAACUUCAGAGUCAGUGAUUAAUCUAACACUGCAGCCAUGGGAGACAACUCAAGCUUUUGGGACAGCUUGAUAUUUGCACACCCGAUCUGCACGAACUGGAAGUCAGAAACAGAAGGAUCAAUCUAUCAUUUAGCUAGCAUUUUGUUUGUGGUCGGCUUUAUGGGCGGAAGUGGCUUUUUUGGCCUGCUCUAUAUUUUCUUUCUGCUGGGGCUGGGUUUUCUCUGCUCAUCUGUGUGGUCAUGGCUGGAUGUCUGUGCAGCUGAUAUUUUCUCAUGGAAUUUUAUCCUGUUUGUGAUCUGCUUCAUACAGUUUAUUUAUGUAACCUACCAAGUGCGGAGUGUUGCUUUUGACAAAGAAUUUCAGGAGCUUUACAAUGCUUUGUUCCAGCCCCUGGGGAUCUCCUUGACCGUUUUUAGAAAAAUUGUCCUCUGCUGUGAUGGAGAAGUUAUUACAUUAGAGAAGGAACAUUGUUAUGCAAUGCAAGGCAAAACUCCAAUUGACAAGCUCUCCUUACUUUUGUCAGGAAGAGUUAGCGUGACGGUGGAUGGGGAAUUUCUGCAUUAUAUUUUCCCUCUUCAGUUUCUGGAUUCACCUGAAUGGGAUUCACUAAGACCCACAGAAGAUGGCAUUUUUCAGGUAACCCUUACUGCAGAAACAGACUGUCAUUAUGUGGCCUGGAGGAGAAAAAAGUUGUAUUUACUCUUUGCAAAACACCGAUUCAUCUCACGUCUGUUUUCAGUCUUGAUUGGAAAUGAUAUUGCUGAUAAACUCUAUGCAUUGAAUGACAGAGUGAGCCUAGGGAAAGGAUUUCGAUAUGAUAUUCGCCUACCAAAUUUCUAUCAUGUGUCAGUACCUAAUACACCAAAAAACAACCCGCAGACCACUGUCAGAACAAUUCAAGACAGCAAUAAUAUUAAAAACAAUGUACCUCUUACUACAAAAUGACAGAAGUUUGCCUUGUUGCUGCCAGGAUUAAAUUAUGAAACAUACUGUGGUGGUGUCAUGUGAAGAUUCUCAUAAAGGCAACUUUUAAAAUAAUCAUUUUUCUUUUCAAGCAGACAAUCUAGUGUGACUCCUCACACUGUUUAGAACCAGCAGACUGUACAUAUAUUGUGCAUUAUGAUUCAUUUCUGUUGACUUGUUCUGCUCGUCUUAUUACUUUGGGAGUAGAGUAGGGACUGAUAUGAAUCAUUAUUUGAUACAACUUGUAACUGUACUUUCUUUAUUGUGUUUUCAAAAACAUCAUUUGCAUAGAGCUUUGCUUCCUGCUUAUUAAGACCUCCUUGUCAUCAUGAAUUAUGCAAGCCAUUUUAUCAUAGAGAAGAGCAACAAGCAAGCCGUCUUUUCAAAAGAAUCUUGAUUCACUUGUUCAUAAUUACAAUGCGUAAACUUGGCCUUCAGAUUUACAGAAGAUGACACUUGUGACAAAAAGAACUGAACAACCUAUAAAGUGUGAAAGAAGACUUAGCUUUUUUUCCUUUCUAUCAUAAAAUAAUGCUUUGGAUGUACAACAACAAAAGACAAAUAUUAUUUUGAAUUCAAAAAGUGCAUCAGUCACUUUAAAUAUUGCAAUUUAUGUAGCAGAAAAAAGUUCCAUUAUUCUAAUAGCACACAGGGCAGCUGCAGUACCUUGAUGGCAACAUCAUAUAUUUUAAGAAAGGUGGAAAUGUUAUGGGAAAGAAAUUGUUUUCCAUAGGGCAAAUAUUUUGGGGGGAGUUUUCCCCUAGUCAAAAAAAGGGGGGGGGAGUUUCCAAGCAUUCUUAAACUACUGCCAAUCCAAUGAACUUAAACAAAGGCAAUAAUGCACCAACCAUAUUAUAAAAACUCUAAAACCCACAUGUAUACAAAUAAACCAAUCAAUCAGUCUCCUUUCCUUUGCUCCAAUGUAACAGAGCCAGCCCAGGAACAUGUGAAACUAUCUAGGAAUCCCCAUAAAUCACAAUAUUACUUAUAUCUGCAACUACUUUGAGGAAGAGUUUGAGAUCUACAUAUAACAGGAGUCAUAAGCAUGUUUUUCAUCUCAGGUUUUGAAUCUAGGCAAAGCAUCUAUAUUCUUCAGGAGGUUAUCGCAUAAUAAUGAAAUGCUGGAUGUUACUUUAGAAAGGUUUAGUGUUCCUAACUCCAGGUGUUGAGAGAUCAGCACUUGAGUUGAAAGGGUAUGGUAGCUGCUUUAACGUAUUGCUCCUCAUAAGUUAGGUUCUGUACUUUUUAGAAACCUAUUGGUACAUCAAGAAAGAGAGAGGAAGCAUAGGAGAUAAGAACUUGAAGGGUACGUAAGAACGUAAGCAGUUACCCUGCUGGAUCAGACUGCUGGCCCAUCUAGUCCAGCAGUCUGUUUUCACAGUGGUCAACCAACUGUACAAGAAAGCCCACUAGUCUUCCUGCAGAUGGCCUCAGAGGCAGCUGUACUGCCAUCAAGGUUAAUAGCCAUUGAUCCUAUGACUUCCAUAAAUUGGUCCAACUCUUUUAAAGCUAGCCAAGCUGGUAGCCAGCACCACUUCCAAAGUUUAAUUAUGCCUUUUUUUUUUUUUUUUUUUUACUUCUGUCUAUCUGGAUUCUUCCAGGAGUCAGUUUCAUUGAGCAACCUCUGGUUCUACUAUUUUGGGAAGUGGAAAAUAGUUUCUCCUUGUCCACUUUAUCCCCACCAUGCAUAACUGUAUACAUCUCAAUCAUGUUGCCUCAGCUGCGACCAAGAACACCAGCUGAGAUUUUAGAUUCAUUCAAGGCUCUGGGAAUAUUGAAAAGUCCCUCAUUCUUCAUAACUUGGCCAAUGUUUAUUUUUUUAGAUAGCAAUGCUAGUUUAUUAUGCCAUGUUACAUGCAAAAUCAACUAGAAGAAUAAUACUGUAACUUUAAAAUAAAGUGCAAUCAAUUGCAAACACAUAACCGUUAUAUAGGAGAUGGCUUAAUCUUAUCCAUGUUUCAGGACUGAAUACUAUUUAUCAGCUGUACUGUAUCAUCUUGAGGUUAACUUCUCUUUAAAGGAAGAAAGGUGCAUAUUCUUUCCUGUCUAACUGAUACAAAGAUUCUGUAUGCUUAGGAAUAGUGAAGCAGAAUGUUCACUUCCCCACUCCUCAGUGUGCAACCACUAUUGAAAUGUGAUGAAAUGGUCUGUAGGCUAUUGGUUCUAGAAUCAUGUUAUUGCGCCUGUGGAGGAAAUAACUAAGACAAGUUCCAUUAUUUUUAAAAUCAUGUUCAAAAGCCAGAAAGAUGUGAGGAAUAGAUUUUAUGCUAUGAAAGCAUACUGAGCCCAGAAUCUAGUUAUCUGGAAAUGAAAUAGCACUUUUCUCGAUCUGUCUGAUUCUUGGCUAACCACAGUUUUGUUUUCCCAUUUAUUUUAUUUAGUAGAUUACUAAUGAUGCUUUACCAUUCCAGUUUGGAUUUACAUCUGGACUGUCACUACACAGUUUCUUUCUAGAAACUGAAAUUCUAGGAGAAUUAAGUCAAAUCAAACUAAUAUAUCACACUAUAUUAGGAGUAAUUGCAAUAACUGAUAACAAAGAAACACAAGGAAUUUGGAGUGAGCUAUUAGUAGCGAGCUUAUAUUUUUGUUGCUUAUACUCAGGGGAGCUCAGAGAAUGACAAUGGUGAUUUAUAUAUAAAAGCUUUAAAAGAAUGGAAACAAUUUAUAUUUUCUAUGCUAAAUGUAUUUGUCCAGUGUUGUACAGAUAUAUACUUACAAAUACUUAAAUUUUAGUAGAAACACAUAUUUUCUUAACAUUUCAGAAUAGUUUGACAUUAAGUAUAUAAAAUAAUAUGGAAUGGCAGACAGUUUUAGAAAUAGUUUUUAGGAAUUUGAAAAAAUAUAUUAAACAUAUUGGUGCCUGCAGGCAUGUUUAGUAGUAAAUUUACACACAAAAGCCUGUAUAUGUUCAGCAACCCUAUAAAUAUCUGUUCUGCAACCAC